AUGAGUGGAAAAGCUGAAAACUCAUCUGACUUCCUACCGUCAUCUGCAACAUAUUCAUCCACCAGACUCAAAAUGUCAGGUUUGGAUGUGAAACCAAAGAUUCUGUGUGGAAGGGAAAGACCAGCAUACAGGCAUGCACAACACUCACAUAAGGCCUUUGAAUCCUUGAAUGAAAUGAGAAGGAGGGGGCUGCUCUGUGAUAUCUGCCUGGUGGCUGGCAGCCAGGAACUGCACUGCCACAAAUCGGUGCUGGCGGCCUGCAGUCAAUAUUUCUAUGCCAUGUUCACCAAUGAGAUGUCAGAGUCCAAGGCUGCUAGAAUUACCCUCAAGGAAAUUGACCCCUCGGCUCUCUCAUUGCUCGUUGAAUUUGUAUAUACCUCGGAAAUUCAUGUCACAGAGGAUAAUGUUCAGACCCUUUUGCCAGCAGCUAAUAUUCUACAAAUCUCCGAAGUUCGGGAUGCAUGUUGUGAGUUUCUGCAAGCCCAGCUGCACCCGUCAAACAGCCUCGGCAUCAGAGAUUUUGCAGAUCUUCACGCUUGCCAGGACUUGUACAGCUAUGCUCAAACGUACACUGAGCAGCACUUCACAGAAGUGGUGCAUUAUGAUGAGUUCCUUUCUUUAAAUGUGGAGGCAGUGUGCAGACUGAUCUCAAGUGAUAGGCUGACCGUGACCUCAGAGGAACAGGUUUAUGAAGCUGUGAUGUCCUGGCUGCACCAUAAUUUAGCCUCCAGACAAGAUUGUAUUGAACAGUUAUUAGAAAAUGUCCGCCUGCCACUUAUGAAUCAAGACUAUAUUGUACAGCGAGUGGAAGAAGAACCACUUGUCAAGGCAAACUCCAGGUGCAAAGAUUACUUGAUAGAGGCUAUGAAAUACCAUUUACUGAAGACUGACCAGAAGCCUUUGUAUAAAACACCACGUACUCAACCCAGAAAUCCGAUUGGAUUACCUAAGGUGUUGCUGGUGAUUGGUGGGCAGGCCCCCAAAGCUAUCCGUAGUGUGGAAUGUUACGACUUUCAGGAAGAGAGGUGGUACCAGCUGGCAGAAAUGCCAUCCAGGCGUUGUCGAUGUGGUGUGGCAGUGUUGAAUGGGCUGGUGUAUGCUGUUGGAGGUUUCAAUGGCUCCCUGAGGGUCAGGAGUAUUGAUGUUUAUGACCCCCUGAAAGAUACAUGGAAUUCUUGUCCCAGUAUGGAGGCCAGGCGAAGUACUCUGGGUGUUGCAGUGCUGGGUGGACAUAUAUAUGCAGUUGGUGGCUUUGAUGGAGCUGCAGGUCUCGAUUCAGCUGAGUAUUUUGAUGUGAGGACCGGGCAGUGGAAAACUGUAGCAAAUAUGAGCACACGUAGGAGCAGCGUGGGAGUUGGAGUUGUUGGUGGUUUGUUGUACGCUGUGGGUGGCUAUGAUGGUGCCUCUCGGCAGUGCUUGAGCUCUGUGGAAUGUUACAACCCCUUGUGUGACAUCUGGGUUACAGUCUCGGAGAUGUCCUGUAGAAGAAGUGGUGCAGGUGUUGGUGUUGUUGAUGGAUUUUUGUAUGCUGUCGGUGGACAUGAUGGUCCCUUGGUGAGGAAGAGUGUGGAAGUUUACAACCCGGAGACGAAUACUUGGAUGGCUGUUGCUGACAUGCAUAUGAGCAGAAGAAAUGCUGGAGUUGUUGCAAAUGGUAACAAGUUGUAUGUAGUUGGUGGAGAUGAUGGCUCCUCAAACCUUGGAUCUGUUGAAGUCUACGACCCAGCCACCAACAAGUGGACAUUACUACUGUCCAGCAUGAUGACCGGACGCUCAUACGCUGGUGUUACUGUUAUAGAACGGCCAAUCUUGUAG